AUGGCGGCAAAAGAAAAUGAUAACAAGGUUGCCGUCUCUCCAAAUGUAAUUCCUUCGAACGGGUCGACUGAACCUUCUGCGUUGUCAUUUGGGCAAAUAGUACCAAAAUCACAACAGUCUCUUUCGGAUAAGUUUACAAUUUUUGCGGCCGGUGCUGCCUUGAUCUCCGAUGGCUACUUCAACAAUAUCAUGACAAUGACAAACGUCAUUCUCAAGAAACAAUACCCAAAGGAAUAUACAUCAGCAACGAGUACUCGCGUCUCCAAUGCUCUUUUGGUUGGUGAGAUCUUUGGUCAAGUGAUCAUUGGACUUACUUGCGAUUACUUUGGAAGGAAAUUUGCCAUUAUUGCAACGACUUUGAUGAUCGUAAUUGGUGGUGCCUUGGCCACUGGUUCCAAGGGGCUUACAAUCAAUGGGAUGUUUUGGAUGAUGACUGUUGCACGAGGAAUCAUAGGGUUUGGGGUCGGAGGUGAAUAUCCAGCGUCUUCCAUAUCUGCAUCCGAAGCUGCGAAUGAGUACUCGCCCAGAAAUCGUGGUCCAAUCUUCAUUCUCGUUACGAACCUUCCACUCUCUCUUGGGGGCCCACUCGCUGUCUCAGUCUUCCUUAUCGUACUCGCUGCGUGUGACUAUAAGCACUAUGAUACUGUAUGGCGGGUAUGUUUUGGCAUCGGUUGUAUUCUACCUUUAUCGGUCUUCUACUUCAGAAUCAAGAUGCUCAAUAGUGCACUUUAUCGCCGUGGAGCUAUCAAGAAAAACGUCCCUUACAAACUUGUACUACGGUAUUACUGGAAAUCACUCAUUGGAACCUGCGGCGCAUGGUUCUUCUAUGACUUCGUAACAUUCCCCAAUGGCGUUUAUUCAGGCACAAUCAUCGCCUCUGUGGUUCCCUCCGACCCCACCGCCGUUGUCCUUAAAACCGGAAAAUGGAAUCUCCUUCUAGGAACCAUCGCACUACCCGGCGUGAUCAUCGGCGCCGUACUCUGCGGUCGUUUCGGCCGCAAAAAUACCAUGAUGUUGGGAUUCGCAGGAUACCUCAUAUUCGGUCUAACAAUCGGUUGUGCCUACAACAAAAUUACGCCAAUCGUCCCCCUCUUCGUCGUCAUGUACGGCCUAAUGCAAGGUUUCGGAAAUCUCGGCCCAGGCAAUAUGUUAGGCCUCAUCUCCUCAGAAACCUACGCGACAUCGGUCCGCGGAACAUGCUAUGGGAUAUCUGCCGCCAUGGGGAAAGUAGGGGCGGCGGUUGGGACGCAGGUAUUUACGCCCAUCCAAACGCAUUUAGGGAAGCGGUGGACGUUUAUUAUAGCGGCGAUUUGCGGGGUGGUGGGGAUGCUGGUUACGUAUUUCUUUGUGGAGGAUCUUACGGGUGAGGAUUUGGGGGUGAGGGAUGAGAAGUUUAGAGCGUAUUUGGUGGAGCAUGGUUGGGAUGGGGAAAUGGGAGAGCGGGAUUUGAAAGGGGUGGCGGAGGAGGAGGCUGCGGAUGUGGGGGAAAAGUGA